AUGCCUUCCACAGAGAAGACUGCAUUUCACAUCAGUGCAUUGGCUGCUGCUGUAUCUGUUGGGCUGAUUGGAUAUGGCAUGUCAACAGAGUGGAUCGUAACGUUCCAUUGUGCAUCGAAUGGAACUGUUACGAUCACCCUGAACCUUUUUGAUGGAAAAUUAUUAAGAGAACUUUGCCCCCUAUUUGGAGGUCAAGGUAAGUUUCAAGUGAUUCCUGCAUUGGCAGAUGGAGAAACUGCCCCUGUGGUCCUACAUGGUUUGGUUCUGUGCCUUCUGGUCCUCUGUCUGCUGUUUUCAGCAUGCAGCAUCCUCAUCUCGCUCUACAACAGUGUCAGCAACCCUUAUGAAACCUACCUGGGGCCAGUUGGAGUCUGUGUCUGCAGCUCUCUCAGUGCUUGCUUGUCUGUGUUAGUCCUUAUCCUAUUUGUGGUGAACAUCAGUGUGACCAACAUGGCAGAAGCCUUGGCAGAAAAGUUUACUGAGAAUCUUUCACCCUCAGACCUGAGGAACAAGGUGACAGUGAUGCAGCCAGGACACUACCUGGCCAUCCCUUACACAGUGCUCUCUCUCACUGCCAUCGCAUUGAUCUACAUGUACAACCAUGCAGCCUACACACGCAAAAAAGAGCUGCAGAAGCCAACAGAGGUUGCACCUGUGGAAUUAACGAUGUAUUAG